AUGACGUCCGGCAAAUCAGUCUUCAUUGUUGGACCCGGCUUCAUUGGCUGGAAUGUCCUAGAUCUGCUCAUUGCAGAAUGCUACGCGGUCACAGGCUUCGUCAGACGCAAAGAGCAUGGCCAGCAGAUACAAGCCUCCGGCGCGUCGCCAGUGUAUGGCGAUUUGAACGACAAGCAGUUCAUUAAAGAGCAGACUCUCAAACACGACAUUGUCAUUCAUACAGCUACAGCCGACCAUCUCCCCAGUGUUGAGGCUAUUCUUGAUGGGGUCCGACUCCGUGCCGAAAAAGGCCAAACGACGACCUUCAUACACACGUCCGGCACCUCAGUAUUGGACGACUGCGCCAUGGGUGCCUUCAAGAGCGACCGAAUAUACCACGACGACGUUCGAUCUGAAGUUGACAGUGUGUCUGACAGUGCGCCUCACCGAGAGAUUGACCUUGCUGUUGUGAAGUGCCAGAGGGAGCUUGGCACGAAAGUAAAGAUUGCCAUUAUCAUUCCGCCGUUGAUUUAUGGCUUCAACCCCUCUCAUAAGCGUCUUUCCAUUCAAAUCCCCACUCUCACCCGUUUUGCCCUCAAACAUGGCUACGCAGCGCAUGUUGGCAAAGGCUUGAGCGUGGAAUCCAACAUUCACGUUCUGGAUCUCGCCCGAGCAUACAUGACUGUCCUGAAGUACAUGACUGGGAGUGCACCAGUCGAACUUUUGGAGAAUCCAUACUUCUUCUGUGAAACUACUGGAGACAAGGAACCAUCUUGGUAUGAUGUUGCCACACUGAUUGGAGAAUCGCUUUACCAGGCCGGCAAGAUUCACUCGCCCGAACCCAAGAAAAUCGCCCAGAAUCUUUAUGGAGAUCUGUUUGGGGAUUUUACAGAAGCCGUCAUUGGCUUGAACAGUCGAAGUCGAGCGGACAGGUUGAGGGCGUUGGGUUGGGAGCCUCGCGAGAAGGAUUGGAAGGCAAGUUAUGUAGAGGACGAAUUGCCCGAACUGUUGAAGGAAGAUGUUGGAAAUUUUGAUGGAUACAAAGGCAUUGUCCCCUCCUGA